AGGCAGGAGCAAGAGGGUCACCAGUUAACGUGUCCUUCGGACAGGAAAGUCCUGGAACAAAACAAGGUACUACUACACGAAUCAGUAGGAACUGGUUUAAGAUGUCACCACUGCGACGGCAACGAGAACGUCAAAAAAGCGAAAGGCUUAGGCAAUGUUCACACUAUACUGGAUCGGAUUUGUGUCGGCACGAAAACCAUACUGGAUAGGGCUUCUGUUCAUACACGGUUGUGGCGGCGCGAUUUCUGUGACGGAGAGAAGAUGCGCUCCGCCGAUCUCUAAAGUGGAGUCAAUUAUAUAUCGGAUAGGUGUUCAUGCUCCGGAUAGCGUUUCGUGUCAGCGCGAAAAUCUAUCCAGUAUCUGGUGGGAUGAACAUAGCCUUACAUUAACAAAACAACAACUUUUCAAGUGUAUCACACUUUUUGUACAUUUUUUACCGUCACUGCACGAUUCAGCGACGUGAAACUUCCUAAUUUCCCAUUUAAUGACAACGCCAACAUACAACGACCAGGAGAACGACUCCUGACAACGACAAAUUUAUCUUUCUCUUUUUUAAAUUGGAAAAGAGAGUUCGCCUUCAUUCACGGAGUGAGCGAGUCUUUUUUAAAGUGAUGUUUUCGCCACCGUUGAAAUCGUUGUGAACUCCCUAAUUCUUGAUACCAGCAAAAGAGCUCAACUUUGAUCACAAAAAAUACAGAAUAAACAAUCAAAAACUGAUUUUAUGAAUGAAUAUUUUUCUUACUUUUCUUCCAUGUUUACUUUUUAGGACAUAUUCCCUGACAAACUAGCCGAAAGAAAGAUUUUGUCACAUGUCAUCAAGUGUCCCAGUGAGUGCUGUGAGUGGACUGGUGAGCUGAGGGAGAAAGAGGUAGGGAUCAUUGUUCACCUUGUAACUCCUCCCUCCUCCCUCGCGCGCGGUCUCGCGCCCUCAAUUCCUUUCCCCUUCCCUUUCUAACGCUUUCCACGCAGGCUAAUCCACGAGUAACAACUGAUUAACAAACAUGAAAAUAGGAAAUGUGCAAACUAUUACGGACACAAGAUUCUCUCUAAAACCCUUUUGUACAUAAUAACAAAAACAGUUCGGUUAAUUACAUUCGCAGUUCUCGCAGGCAAGUAUCACGAGAAAUACAACCGUAGAUAAAAGGGUAGUUGCUGGGUAUUCUGAAGUUUAGCCGAUAAAAGAUUUCCCAGCUCUAAAUUAAUUAAGGGAGAGGGAUGAUGCAUUUUUUAUGGUCUGUCGUCUGAUUAUUUUAUUAGAACCACUUGACCUCUUGUCCUUGGAAAAUUGUUUCUUGCACCUACGAAAAAUGUGGAGAAAACGUAACCAGAAAGGAUCUGACUGAACACGUGGCCGACAUGUGCGUAUGGAGAAUUUUGAGGUGUCUGCAUUGUGCAGAACAUCAUCCACAAUGCCAAAUGGAGGUAAAAGCAAAUUGCUGGAUCAGUUCUUGUUGUAUGUUUUGAGAGCCAUAAGACGGUAAUUAACUUCAAUGGGGAACAAAAGAACUUGGGACUGUGUGAAAAAUCCCUUCCUGGUUUUAAUGACAAUUUUUUCAUCGGCUUUGGGUUCAUCGCGUCGUCCCCCACUUCCCCUAGCAAUUUUGUGGCCAAAAAAAGAACUCAUUUUCACCCAUGGUGCUCAAAAUUCAAGUUUGUUUAGGGUGGGAUGGGAGGGGUCGCUAGUUUUACUAAUAUUACUAGGAAGGUCCCAACCCUUUUGACCUCAAUUGUAGACAACUUGUAUGGUCGGAAUUUAAAACAGAAUAUUUUAAAACGCGCUAAUUUUCAUUUCAACGCCUUCACCUCACAUAUUGCAAGAGACGAUUUGUGAUUCAAAAUAUCGUAAUUGAUCGACGUUUAUACCUGGGUUAAUUCUUCAAAGCCAAAUUUGGAAGAUGUUUGCAAUGAUUUGAUAAUUGACGUUGAUAAUGUAAUGAUAAGACAAUUAUCCACGAUUGCCGUGCGCGAGACGGCAGCGUAGAAGUUUGGUUGUUUCAUGACAAUUUUACGUUUACGGUCAACGUGUGUUUUUGUUGAAGAUACUCGAUAAACUCAAUUUUUUUUAAAAAAAUCGACUAACUAACCUGUAAUGAAGCACCGAUUGGAAUAAAAGGUGUCAGAAGUUGUCUGUGGUUGUUGUUGUUUUUUUUUUUUUUUUGGUAUUUUUCGCUAAGUUUACUGAAAGAUUACAGGCCUUUUAAUAAAAUGUAACUUCUCGCAAUACCCCACACUUCCACCCAACCUACAUUUGUUUACUCACACGAGUUUGGAUCAGUUAUGUAGCGACCUGACAUACCCUUGGUAGUUUCAUUAUUUUUUUACAUCAGUUUCGUGUACUUAAAACGUCUGUGUUUCAAAAGUCACUUUCCCGUACUAUUUUAUUCAGUUUUUACUUCUUUUUGUUCUUUGUCUUGACAGGCACAUUUAGAAAAUUGCGAAGGUCUCCUUACUGCCUGUCCAAACAACUGCGGGAUUAAAAUUGCAAGUGACAAGGUGAUGCCAUUAAAUCAGUUUCGUUUUCUCACCUUAGUGUCAUUUUCAGCCUUAGAUAUUAAAAUCUCUAAUACUGAUUCCACAGUUAAUGAUAUUAUAAGUGUGAAGUUUUAUGUGAAUCGCCUCUUUGUCCCUGCAUGAAAAUCGUGAGGAUCACGAUCAAUUAGGUUUUCUUCACUCCAAAGAUUGUGGUGGCCUUUCCUGUGGGCGCGCUCUAAAAAGGCAGAGCGGGACUGGGUGCGGGCCGAUCUGUUAUUUCCGUGAUCCUUUUCGAUUCUGUCCUUUGUGAGUCUAUUGCUCUCCAAUUAACUCUUAACCACCAUCUAGAUCUCCAAGAACUCUUUAAACCACGUCAUCUUUUUUAGUCAAGUUACCAGCGUCUUUAGGGCGCACUAUCUGUGAAUAAGUGUAGUCUCGGAUUUAGAACCAUGCGCACACCUUGUUGUUUAAGGCAGCGGCGAAGUUGAUGGGACAGACCUUUCAUAAAGGUUAAACUGUAGUGGAUAUGAACGCGGUUACAUGCCCUGCAAUGGUGCUUUGUUGUCUAGUCUCUAUAAUUUUCUUCAAGACAUUUAUGAAAAAAGUUACAAGAGGUCUGUGUUGUGGUAAAUAAAUAUGCCUAUAACUUAAAUUGGCGCUAUCUUUUUCCAGGUGUCAGAUCACAUUAACAAUACAUGUCCACUGACAGAAGUUCCCUGCCCAUAUAAUUGGCUGGGCUGUUUCCUAAAGGUAAGUUUGGUUGUUAACUUAAGACGCAAUUUCCCCAUACAACAUGAGGAAAACGUAUUGCACCAUAGCAAAAGAAAUUGCUUCCUGUCUUACCCGGAUCAUUACUUAGAUCAUUGUCUUUUACCGACCUUUAGCAGAAUGCUAUUCAUUUCUUUGCAUUAACAAAUAAAGGUUUCUUUCUUUGUUUUUCAUACUGACCAUUGUUAGGAGUGAAAGUGAUGCAUAAAUGCAUUGUCUGAAUUAGCUCGCGCUAUGAAAAAAACAUGAAGGUAGAGUCCUUAUUUUACGUCGGCAGCUCGAAUUAGUCAUCUGACCAACAAACAUGAGUGCGCUCGUUUUAACACCCCCCCCCCCCCCCUGUCUCUCUCGCUCUCUCUCCCUCCCUCCCUCUUUCUCUCCCUCUCUCUCUCUCCCUCUAAGGUGACAUCAAAACACAAAAUACUCAUAACACACAGUUUGUAAUCGGUUGAAAGUGGAUACACUGCAAAUUAUAGUAGUUGCUAGAAAUAUAUAUCUACGUGUUGUAACUGUUCAUCAGUAGGAUGCCUAAAAUGUGUGAAAUUCCACAACUGGUUUCGGCUCCAUUAACUCCUAUACGAAUUACACAAGAUUUUAGGAGGAGCCACCCACUAUGUGAGCACAGUCACGGACAAAACAUAUAAGGGAGGAAAAUAACGCAAAGUAAAAUUAUCACGUUAUUCAACGAACUAUAUGUACACUUCAAUAGUAUCCUGAUCAGCUUCUCAGUUCUGCAGUUCUGCGUCUCAUCUCAUCAUGAUCGAUUGUCGUCAGUUGAAGUGUCCAGGUGGUUUGCUUUGUAUCUGAGGACAAUUUCUAUUUUAUAAGCUCCAAGGGGCUUAUAUUCGGAGCGGUUAUUUAACGGAGGGAUUUUCCAUUACGAGUUUGUGGGGGGGGGGAUAGAGAAUGGUUAUUGCCGGAAUUUUAAGGUAUUCACCACUAUCAAAUUUAGAAUUACAGCUUCCUCGAUGUUUUAUGAGACCAUAACCAAUAAGUAACAUCUGGCUCAUUUAAGAAAUAUGAUUGGGUAAAAGAAAAAUUACAAAACAGACCUGUUUAAUUUCAGAUUCAGAGAGAAGUGCUUGAAUCACACCUUGAAGGCGAGAUAAGAUAUCAUCUCCAUUUGAAUAGCUGCAAAUUAAACGACACCAAGGAUGAAGUAAGAAACCUUCAACUUGAAGUUGCAGAAAGAGCAAAGGCCGUCCAAAAUCAAUUUGAGGAAAGAGUGCAGGCCCUCCAGAAUCAUUUUGACGACAGAUUACAGGCGCUCCAAAAUCGCUUUGAAGAGAGCGCUCAGGCCCUAGAAAAUCAUUUUGAAGAGAGGGUAAAAUUGCUAACCGUCACUAGCGAUAAAUUGAGGAAGAAUCUGAGUUUCACUAGAAUUAUUUGUGCUGUUGCUGUUGUCAUUCUUGCUGCGUUAAGUGGAAUGUCAAACCAAAAAAGUGCCGUUAGCGAUUCAAUAACAACAAUGGACCGAUCUUUUGACACGCAAAGCAAGCUCGAAAUGAAAGUGAAUGAAGUCGAGAAAGGUCUGAAAAGUGAACUGAUUGAUUUGCGAAGUCAGCUGGGGAAGAAAGUGGAUGAAGCUAACAAAUAUUUUGAAGCUGUGUCGCUUAAUAUGUCAAACCAUGAAAGUGCCGUUAGUGAUUUUAAAACAAAAAUGGAGAGUAGAGUAACUGAUGUGCAAACUAAAGUGGAGGGGAAAUUAGAUGAAGCUCACAAACAUCUUAAAGAAAAGGUGAGUUAAAGUAUAUAUAUAUUAAACCAGCUGGGAAACAUAUAAAUGAUUUAGUCAUGCACAAUGUUGUGGUUUUCAUUUGCCAUGUUCCGAUACUUGGAAUUUGGAAGCAAACUGAAGAAAACGUACUCUCAGGGCAGGGGAGAGAACUAUCGAAAAAUGUCUUAAGUAAGUUCAAAAACAAAAAAAUUGAUUUCAUGACAAUUGAAAUUCUACCUUGUCACCGCAAUGAGAGAUCAAAUCAGUGAGAUAGCAUUGCACCUGCACAACCUCAUUGCGUUGUUCAUCAAGUUGUUGUCUUCUUCGCGAAUGAUACGUGGAAACUUCCAAGGACGAAAAUGCCGAAUAAUAGACAAAAACAAAGGGACGAAUCCCCUGAAUUGGCAAGGAAAGGAAGAAGUGCCACGGAAAAUUCAGGAGCUACUGUUAGUAGAGGGAAAAAGCACCAGGAAAGAACACGGCGAUGGAACUUUAGUUCCCACCUCUGACGUAUCGUGCUCUAAUGAGCAGUUUCUGUCCUUUCGAACGUCGCUCGAGAGCGGCUUCACCACAAUGGGUAAAUCACUUACUAAAGCGAUUAAAGAUUGCUUUACUACUGUGGUAGAUAAAUUAAAUCCUCGAGACCAGGACGGAUACAACAUUGUCAUCAAAGAAGUACUGAUCCAACCAGCAAUUCCAUUGUGGAACAAGCGUUACAGUUUCUCACUUUUUAAGAAAGGUUUAGGUUUCAGUGCCCUGAACGCUGCAGAAACUGCACUUUCAUGCAUUAUUCAACCAAAAACUAUGGUAGGCUUAGAUAACUUUUUCAGGGACCAGGUAUUUGAAAAGUUUGCUAAUCCAUCGGAAAGUAUAAAAAUCAGUAAUGAAACAUUUGGAAUCCUGUGCCUGUAGACUGACAUGACAAAGCAAAAUUGAAUACGGGUCAACUUCAGAGGUUAAAUGAUUCUAAGUAUAUGUUUGUGGAAAUAGAAUUCAAAAUGUUAGCUUUAUCAUCAUGGACUACUGUCUCAAAGAGCUGCAUAGCACCAUGUUGUUUUAAGUUAACGUCAACAAAAUGAGAAUUGGGAUUUGUUCUUUCGUAUUAUUAUAUCAAAUACUAUGUUGCGUGCUUAUGCAACAGUACUUUAGCUGUUAUAUGUUAUUUUUCAGGCCGAUCUCUUAACACUCGACAGCGGUAACCAUAAACAGAAAAUCAGAGAGUUUGAAACUAAAAUCCAGGUAAGAGGAAAAUAUCAAAAAUAACUAAAUUUCAGCCUCACGUAGUCAUGCACGUUCAUGAUCUGAGUUGAUAAAGUCAAUUUACCUCCUUAAUCCUUUAAGCCCAAAUACCCUCAUACAAAAUCUCGGGAGUAACUUAUUUCUAAUAGUUGUGGGUCGUGGAUACAAAGUCGUGGGUCAUGGGUGGCGUAGACCCACGAAAAAAAAGAAGAGGUCCCUCAGGGUAGUGGGGUUACACCAGGAGCCGGCUCCUGGGUUACCCCAAAUGUUUCUGGGUAGGGGUUGAGGUAGGAUAGCUACUAGUACCUGGACAUCCCAAGUAUCGAGUUAAAAAGGGAAAGCGGCAUUUAUAGAAAAGUUAUAUUAGUAUACCGAGUGGCAGAAGGAACAAUUCUUGUACCGGCCUCUUAUUAUUAACAUCAACGAAAAAUAUCUGUUUAGAAGAAGGAGAAAUCUAACACCAGAGAGCUCAGAAAAAAUUCCGUGCCCUGGGUGGGAAUCGAACUGACGACCCUUUGAGUUCUAAUUCGGAUGCUUUAACAACAGAUCUGCUGCAGGCUUUAUGGAGAGCGGGGUUAAAAUUUAAUUAUUACUACACCAGUCAUAAAGGAACAGUAUCGGGGACUUUAGUCGCUAGACAUUUUCACGAGGAAAAUGCAGGAGAAGUGCGUGUGUGUGUGUUUCGAACGGCCCGAAAUUCCUAUCUACCAUCAGUAACUUUUCUAAUGGUCUGCCCCCUAAGAAUGGUACUUUUCAUUUACGUACGCCCAUUACGAAAUACGUGAUUGGAAAAAACAAAACCCUGGUCUGGUGUCGGUGAAACAAAUCGAUAUUUGCAUGAUCUUGCGGGCGUUCUCUCAAAAUUGUAAGUGUGUUUCGAUUGGUGUAGUUAGAUCGAUUGGAGAAUAUGGCUUCCUUUUUGGUCUCGUGAGUGCGAGAGGUGGGGGCGGGGAUUCAGAAUCCCAUCUCUUAUGACCCCCACUGUUUCUGACAGGCUGCCUGCUUUGUGUGGCUCGGCCUCGUUCUCAGUCGUUCUCAAGCUCAUCCAAAUGGCAUCAACUCAUCCAAAUGGAUCUUUGAGAGUCAGAAUACAAUAGGCUGUUAUAUAAACUUUGUGUGGUUAGUUUUUGUGUAAAAAAUUGUUCCGUGCCACUUUAAAUUCGUCGCCUGCCUCGUCCGGUUAAUUUAAUUGGCGAAAGUUGAGUCUAGCAAAAUACAGUAAAAGUAAGUACGAUCACAGUUAAAACUUUUCGUCUCAUAUAAGGGAAUCUAAGACAGCAAUGGAUACUGAAUUCCAAGCCGAGGAUUUCGGAUUCCAGUCGUUGUCAGUGGAACUUGGAUUCUCAAUUCCAAUCGUUAUUGAAAUUCCAGAUUCUAUGAGCUGUAUUCUGGAUUCUAAAACCUAGGAUUCCCGUUUCCACAAGCAAAAUUUCCCCAGAUUCCAGAAUUGGGAAUUCCUUACAUGGGGCGAAACUUUUUUGUUACUUUAACGAAUGCAGGCCCUGACCAACAGACUGAAUAGCGCCAGAGUGCACUGUGAUGAGAGGGUUUUACAUUAACUACUUAGACCGACAGAACGUUGAGUGGCCAAAUGGCUUUUUCUUGGCCAUAUUCCGACUUGUGAAGGCGGGAAGCUAUGGUUCAGCCAGCGUUCGCUAUCUUUACCGCUGCUGCAAGUUCAUUCUUUAAGUUAAGGGCGCGGCCCAAACUUGUCCAGUCAACAGUUGCCGUCAACUGAAAGUGAUGACAAGGAGAACAAAACGAACUAAAAUAAAAUGAGACAACCUCUUCAACCACUUUGUUUUAGUUUAUUCGUCAUCAUCGCUGGACAUGACGCACCAAAUGUUUAACAUAAUAGUUAGGUUUCCAUUUUCAAACAGCGGUCACAAUUUAAUUUGUUUAGAGCUGCGCGGCCAGUUUCAACUUGUCGCUUGGCAGGUAAAGCUUGUUAAAAUUAAACAUGAUUCAGGAUUUGAGGUCCUCUUUUGAUAGGUCCAAAGUGGUAUUGAUCCCGGUAUUUUACCUGUGAUCCCUGAUCCCACCUCUUUAAUCCCUGAUCCCACAUACCUUAUUACUACCUUGCUUUUAACGUGAUUGAAAAUCAUGGGUAUGCUUCCCAAGUUACUGUAUCAAACUUACACCUUACCGCGCAAAAUUAUCAACCUUUCUUGGACUUCAUUUUUUUACGUCGGCAGUUGUAACAGCGCAGUGUCCUACAAACUAGAAAUUCGCAUCACCUGCCGCUUCACUUUUAAGCAAAUUUGACAUAACAUCUCCAACGUCUACCUGCGAACACUACAUCCUGGUGUGCAAAGCGACUUCGUCGGACGACUGACACAAAAAUUUUUGUGUUGGAAGGUCCAAAAGAGUUUCCAAAGCUGCUCUGCCUUAACGUUAAAAAUGCUUUUUCCUCUGAGUUUCUCAUCCCUUUCUGGUAAAACUACUGUUUGACUACUCCACAUGAAUAAUUAAUUUCCAUAUUUCACAAUUCAACCUCAAACAAUUGGAGGCUCUUGGGAAAAAGCAUUUCCAGGGAAUUAAUUUAAAGCUUUUUAAAAGCUUUUUGAUUUAGGAAACCUUACAAGUGAAAAAUAAGCAUGUUAUUUACCUGCCCCUUGGGGGUUUCUGAUAUAUUUACCUGGUUUCGCUCCGAGGGCGCAGCCCGUCAGGGGUGGCACCAGCUGAAUUUAUCACAUACCGCCUCGUUGCAAGUAAAUUGCCAUUCAAAGGGACUAAAUUUCAAAGAACUGAGGUAAUCAUUUUCUCUUUUGAUGUUAUUUACGUCCAUAACGGGCCUUGAAUCUGACGUUUUACUCGUUAAAGCUUCCACAGAACAAACAUACUGUUUUCCCCGGAGUCAGUUUCGUCAUUACAUUUUUACUCAGAGAGCCUUUAAUUAAAAAGAUGCUUCAUAUUUUUCGGGUAAUCAAAUAAAAACUGAAUGGCAUCACCUUUUUUCUUUUUCGUCGUUAAUCCGCUUAACGAGAACAUUUUUCAUGGACCUUAAAAAUCCAAAGUGAAGAAAAUUAUGAACUAUAGUAUCCAAAUAGUAACAGAAAGACUAUCAAAGCACAUUAAAACGUUUUUUCACUUUAAUUAACUAAUGCAGGCCUUGGCAACCAGACUGGAUAGCGCCAGAGUCUACUGUGAUGAGAAGGCGACAGAUUAUGGGAACGUAUACUUCGCAAACGUCGUUGGUUCCAUCAUGUCGCUGAACUUACAUAAAGUUGAGUGCCCACAAGGUUUUUUCUUGGCCAAAUUUGAAAUCGACAAGGAAAAAGUAAAUGAGGGGAUGGCUUACAAUGUUCCUCUGUCACCCAGAACUCGCUAUCUUUAUCGCUGCUGCAAGUUUAUUCUGUAA